UCCAAAAGAAACAAAGAACUGAAAAAACUUGUCCAAACUGUUUAUUAAACAAUAUUGCCAAGGGCAUGCAUGCACCAUCAGCAAUGUUUGGAAGUGGGAAGGCAGCAGCAGCACCAUUACUAUCACCUCCACCACCAACAAUUACAAGCACAUUUUCAACUUUCUUGAGGAAUACAUGGAAUGCAUGGGAUGUGAGGGUGAUCGUUCUUCUGAGCCUGCUCUUACAAAUUGCUCUCUUUGUCUUGGGAAAAGGCAGAAAGCGCAAUGUUAGCAUUGUUGACAGAAUGAUUCUCUGGUUUGCCUACCAAACCAAAGAUUGGGUCACCAUUGCUGCUCUUGGUAAGCUUUCUAAUUCUCAUGCAGAAUCUCCCACCUCCAAUGUUCUAAGAGCACUAUGGGCUCCCUUACUUAUACUUUAUCUUGGUGGCCCUGACACCAUCACUGCCUUUUCUUUUCAAGAUACACAACUCUGGAGCAGACAUCUCCUCACCUUUGUUGCCCAGUCCUCUCUUGCCUUUUAUGUCAUUUAUUUGUCAUGGACCCAAUUCUGGCUUUCCCUUUUGACACUUCCUCUUAGUAUAGCUGGAGUCAUCAAAUAUGUAGAGAGGAUUUGGUGUCUUAAGUUCACUUACACUAACAAAACCCAGUGGAUCAUCCCCGUCUUUAAAAACCUUGAGCGUCAGCUAUCAGAAGAAAAACAAGAAUCAAAAGUGGUCCUCCUAGGCUAUGCAGUGUUUUCAACGAUUAGACCGGAUGUCAAUGAUUUCCUAUGUCAUAGGGAGUUUUACCCGACCUUUAAAAGGAAAAUGCAAGUCUAUCUAAGCGAAGCUGCGGAAGGUGGUUCCAGCAGCAGUCAAGUGAAGUUUACUUUGCCAGAGUACUUGGUUAAAGUUGAAAGCGGCAAGCAAAGCAAUUGUCAUUUGACUCAUUUCAAUGUAGCUGUUGUAGGACUAGGGUUUAUAUUUGAUGUUAUUUACACAAAAGCCGCUUUGAUUUAUACCAAGAAAGGAUGCUUCUUUCGCCUCAUUAGCUUCACUUGCUCCUUUGUGGUUCUGCUGCUCUUCCUAAUCAGAAUUCCAUUUCUCAAGAGUUGAUAUUUUCAGAACAGUCUGCAUGUUGGUCGGAGCUGUUGCACUGGAAUUUUGUGCUGUGUUCUCAAUGCUUUCUUCUGAUUGGGCAGUAAUUUUGAUGUUAUUCCAUGACAGUUGUUUGGUACGCAAGAUUCUCCAGUUUGUCUUGCGAUGCUUUCCUUCCAUCUU